UGGCUACUUCUUCACCCCCAUAAUAAGCACACAAAAAAACAAGAUAACAAUGUCGGAAACUGAGACCCCUCCCACUGCUAUUAAACAGUAGCAGUAACAACAAAGCCUUCAUGGGCCUGUCUUCCCUCAGCCCCGCAAACUCCGCCUGCCUCACGACUUCUCUCAGCCGUCGCCUCCGCACGAGCAACAGCGUGAAGAACGCUUCAGCGGGAGUUCUCAACUUCCCGAUGUUUGGCGCUAACGGAGGACGCAAGAGAUCCGGAUCCGGUCACGUGAGCAAGCACGUGGAGCCGUCUUCUCCGAAGGUGACGUGUAUCGGUCAGGUCAGGGUGAAGACUAGUAGGAAGCGUGCGAAGGAGGAGAUGAUGAGAGCGAGAUCUAGGAGCCUGAGAAGAUCCUCGAGCGACCAAAACGACGGAGGAGGACGUCGUUUCGACGGGAGCGAGAACCGGUGGGUUCAUCUUCCGGUGACUAUCUGCGAGUCGCUGAGAGAGCUCAGCUGCCUCUUCCCUUGUAGAUCCUCGUGUACGGAUGAUGAUGAUAAUAACACUCACCACGACGAGAGAGGUCGAAGCGGCGGAAACUCCUGUGUUGCGGUGUUCACGCGGUGGUUUGUGGCGGUGGAGGAGACUACGGGAGGGGAGAGGAGGGAGCUUGAGCUUGUGGUUGGAGGAGGAGGAGGAGGAGACGACGCGCGGAGGAGGAGUCGCCGGAGACAUGUUUUUGAGAAUCUGGAUUUAAGCGUUAUUGAGACGAAGACGGUGAAGGAAGAGAUUAUUGUUGGACCGCCGAAGAACGCUUUACUGUUGAUGAGGUGUAGAUCAGAUCCGGUUAAGGUGGCGGCUUUAGCUAACCGGGUUCGAGAAAGGCAGAUGUCACUAAACGACGUCGCGUACGGUAGAGAAGAUGAGGAAGACGUGGAGAUAAAAAGGUUCGAGAUUGAGUUACGCGAGAAAUGUAUUUCCGACAGGACUAUUGCAGUUCCUGUUUCAGAACCAGAAGCUCUGUCCGUAGAAGAAGAAGCUUCGAAAAUCCAAGAUGUAGAUUCGUUUGAGGAAGAAACUGAAGCCACGAUCAUAAAAACCAUCGAAGAUGAUAUCAGAAACGCCAUAGAAGAAGAGGAACGUAAAGAGGCCGAAAGAUCCGAUCAAGAACCCGACCCGACUCCGGAAGUGGUGAUGGAGAAAAAAACGGAGGAAGAUAAGACGACGCCGUAUAAGGUGUUACCAGAUUGUUUAUUGUUAAUGAUGUGUGAGCCAAAGCUAUCGAUGGAAGUCUCGAAGGAGACUUGGGUCUGCAGUACAGACUUCGUUAGAUGUCAACCGAGUAGACCUCCGGCGAGGAAGAUAGUAGAACCUGCCGGAGAUCAUCAUCAUCAUCAUCAUCAAUCCAAGAAACGAACCGUUGAUUCCAAUUUAUCUUCUCGCCGGAUUUCAGUCGAUAAACCGCCGGUUCACCAAGCGCCGCUGUUGCAGCCGCCGCGAUCAUCGUGCUCGUAUCCAGCAGCUCCGCCUGAAAUACAGGCGGCUGCGGCGGUUGGAGAGGAGAAUAAGGCGUACGAGCCACCAAUGCUGCCACGUUGCAAAUCGGAGCCGAGGAAGUCAGCUUUGAAGCUUACGCCGGAAACUUGUUUGUGGAAAAACCGGAAGCUGGAGCCGCAUUCUCCAGCUGCUGUCGGAGUCGGCGCCGCCGGAGUAGGGUUCUAGAAGGAAAUGAUUGAGACUAAAAAGAAACUAUUUGGGUGUAAUAGUGAUAUCUGAAUACUCUUUUGUCCCUUCCUUGUUUGUAAAUUAGUUUUGUUAGUCAUAAUUAAUUUAUUUCUCUA